AUUCUACACAACACUCGGCCCGCGGUCGCAAUGCAGAAACGCGAUGAGGUUCUCGGGACUGCGUAGAUUAUUAGUAGUACAAGGCAUCCAUUCGCAUAUAGCGAUUCCACGCUGUGCCACGACACUUAGGCCAUGGCUUUCCGUUCUGCUCUAAAGCGAGCUCUCGUGAGACCAGGGACCGCCUCUCCAAUUGAGAAAUUUUUUAAUUAAGAGGCGUAGAGAAGUCCAAAAUUUGAUGGUGCAGACUCGGAUGGGUUUCAGCAGCUCGUUGCCGUACUGCGCAUCCAUGAUCGUGGCAUUGAAGACGAUCGAUGGAAUCAAGUUGAGCUCCGGGAGCCAAGGGCCACAAGAGCUCACUUGCCGGGUCUGCCUUUCUCGGUUGGCAUGAUGUUGGCUUAUGGUGUUUAAAGCUUUGGUAACUCUGCUUGUAGGACUUCUGUGGAUCGGCCUUCGGACAUCUCGCCUGAGGGGAGGAACAAUUUCAUACUUGGCUAUGAAGCAAGCGUGCACUGUAACUCUCUCUGUGCAGACGAGUCGUUGGGGUUCUUGAUCCGACUAAAACUGUCAAAAAUUCAAGCCAGAUACGAUGCAUGCUUCAAGCUCUGCUCCCAAUUGAAUCUGUGGCCAAUCGAAAGUGCGUGGGUGACAUAGCUCACUGAUGGAGGCUUAUCCGAGAGUGUUUUUACCAGCAGCACGGGAUGAUGAUUAGAAGGAGCCGAAGGCAGAUAUGACAUGACUGGGAACCCCUGCGUCGUUCUUUCCUUCUGAUUGAUCAAUUUGUAGUUUCUCUAAUUCCUCGCCGAUUGCGUAGGCGAUUGUGAUCAUAAUGAGGCGGCAUUCUCCGAUUCUGAUCACACCGCGCUUCUCAGCUGACCGAAGACAAAGAGCUCCCACGAAUGAGGCUUGACAAAUUCCACGUCACAGAGAUCCCAGUCCCGGCGACUACCGGUUUGUGAAGCCAUUAAAUUCGAGACCUUCGGUUUGAGUUGAUGACGCUACGGCACAUCUCUGCCUUUCGGGAAAUAAUUCGCAGUUGAUGAUCGGUCGAAAUUGCUUCAAGUGGAGCAAACAUGGUGCUAGGAACAGAGAAAACUGCCUUCAGCCCGGGAAAGCAUCAGCAGCGAGGAAUGCCGUUCUGGCAGAAGGCGGUGAUCCUGUUAUGCGUCGGAUCGAUGCUGCUCUUCUCCUUGACUCUGAUGAUGGACGCAGAGUCAGCGAGCCAGUGGUCGGGAGGGCUGUCCGCACUGUCGUCCAAGCUCGAUAGCAUGGCGCCCAUGCCAGUGAUCCCCGAGGACGACCCUACGUGCGUGAGCCGCACGCAGCAGAAUCUGUACCGUCGACAGGACAGGCAGCUCACGAUGCCCACCGCUCUGGGCGAGACGUGGAAACGCUACGCCGAGCUUCAUCGAUCCUGCUCGCUGGGCAAGAGCAAAAAUUGGACCGACGUUUUCGUCAAGCAGGCGAACGGCGGCUGCAACUAUCUGCUUUUCAUUGAAGGAGGAGCAGGGCUCGGGAACAGGAUCCUGUCUCUGACCUCGGCGCUGCUGUACGCCCUGGCUACAGACAGAGUUCUGCUGGUCGAUUCGCGCAAGAUUCUGCCGUCCCUUCUGUGCGAGCCAUUCGCUAAUUCGUCCUGGCUGCUGCCGGACGACUUCCCGUACAGCGAAGUGGAGCAAGCGCAGGCGCUGGGCCGGGCCAAGGAGCUCAAUUGGAAUGUGAGCCUUGUGAACCUGCACCUGGAGCAUCUGCAGAGCGGGGGCGACCAGCAAUUCUUCUGCGACGACACUCACUUCCACCUGAGAAAAGUGCCGUGGCUGGCGUGGACUAGCACUCAAUAUUAUGUCACCAAGCUGUUCAUGAUCCCGUCCUUCUGGCGCCGCCUCACGCCUCUCUUCAACUCCGGGCCCGAUGCUUUCACUUACAUCAGCCGCCUUCUGAUUCUCCCCAAUAACGACCUCUGGGCGCACAUUGUCAGGGUUUACUGGGGCUAUCUCUCCAGCUCAGGCCUCCGCCUCGGCCUCCAAAUCCGUCUGCACGGCCGAGGUGAUCUGGCUGCUUUCGAUCCGGCCGUGAAGGAUCGCAUCAUGGACUGUCUGACCAGCAAUCGCGCUCUGCCCACGAUGCAAGAAGGCGACGGGUCGAACGUGACCCAGCUCUCGGCUUUGUAUCCGAGGAAGUACCUGGCGAUGCGGAGACAUCAAGCCCCUGCGGACACGGUGGUUUUCAUAGCCUCCUUGCAGCAAAGGUAUCAGGAGGAGCUGAUGAAGAUGUUCGACAGGCAGGCGAAUGUGGACAACUCGAUCAUCCGGGUGCACAUGGUUUCUCACUCCGGCAGGCAGGACAAUUCGGUGGACCAGUCUCACAACGCGCUGGUUGAAAUGUGGCUGCUGAGCUUCAGUGAUGUGAUAGCCACCAGUGCCUACUCGACCUUCGGCUACAUCGCUCAAGGUUUGGGUGGACUCACUCCCUACAUCUUGAACAUCAGAGGCGAAAAUGUCACAGGCGAUGGCAAGGCGUCUUGCUUAGUGGGCCAAUCUUCCCAACCUUGCACCCAUUAUCCGAUGAAGCCUGCUUGCGAAUCGCUGAACAUCACCGAAAGCCAUCAAGCCUGGAUGGAUGGUCACAUAAGGGAGUGCCAAGACCAACCGGGUGGCCUUCAGCUGGGCACGUACCCCGUGCCUCUUGAGGGCCGAUGAACGCAUUAGGCCAGUGAUUUCCAUUUAAUAUAGCAAUUUUUUCCUAGGAGCUCUAUUUUUCGGGCCUUGGCCGUCAAGACAAAACACGGUACUCAUCAUCCUCCUGUCUGUGAUGAAGCACUGUCCUCAACAGUUGGAAAGCUUCACCCAUCUGCUGAAUUGGAAAGCGUACAUGAUCUUAGCAAACCUCAGCGGCUGUUUUUUCGACCUAUGUAGAAAUAUUAUCGGAGAGGGCCAAGAUCAAAAAGUCUUGCAAGUGCUACUAAAGGUGAACUGUGAUGUAGACGUCAAGUUGUCAUUUCUUUUGGUCAAAUAAUUGUACAUGCAGCAACCGUCCUAAUGAGUUCUAUUUCCGC